AUGGACCACUUCCCUGGAACUUGGGGCCGCCCCAGAAACGAUGCCUACGGCGCAUACGAUGCUUCAUAUUUGCAAACUACCGGCCCUAAAGCCCAUACCUCAUCCCCGGCCGUGACUGGAACAUCAGUGGUGGGUGUCAAGUUCAAUGGCGGCGUUGCCAUUGCUACCGACAACUUGGCCUCCUAUGGCUCACUAGCCCGUUUCUCUGACGUGAAGCGUCUACGAUCUUUCGGCGACAACGCGAUGGUUGGAUUCGGCGGCGAUGUUUCCGACAUGCAAUAUCUCGACCGCCUCCUCGAAUCCAUGGAUAUCAGGGAGAACUACUCAGCCCACGGAAACAUGCUCAAUGCCAAAAACCUACACACGUACCUCGCCAAGGUGUUCUACAAACGGCGCUCCGAGUUCAACCCAUUGUGGAACCACGUCCUUGUCGCCGGUUUUGACGGGGAGGGAGAGCCGUUCCUCAGCUCUGCGGAUCUGUUGGGCACCACAUUCUCCGCUCCACACCUGGCCACUGGAUUUGGUGCCCACUUGGCGGUCCCAAUCUUGCGUCGCAAGUUCCCUGAGGAGAUGCCCCUGGCCGAAGUGACACAGGAAGCCGCGGUGGAGGCAUUGAAAGAGUGCAUGAAGGUUCUGUUCUAUCGCGAUGCCCGCAGUAUCGACAAAUACUCGAUAGCCGUGAUUACCAAGGAUGGCAUCGAUCUGAAGGAGGAUGAACAGAUCCAGGGUCAAAGCUGGGCUUUCGCCGAGCGAAUCAAGGGAUAUGGAGCCCAGGUUGUCUAG